CUAACAACAGAACUGAACCAUGCAGAACGAUCUAAAGCCCGAAGAUAAUGUACCUAAAACAGAAUCGGAUAAUGAAUUACAACAUUGGGAGAGAUGGGUAACUAUCCGAAAAGAUGAGACGACACAGCUCGGACAAAAGUUAAACAGGUCACCAGCAGACUUAACGAUGAAUUUACUAGAAAAGGUGCGCGAGGAUAAGGAACGCAAAAUUGUGUUAGAAGAGGCUCAAGUUGAAAAAAAGCCAACAAUCAGAGGUGGACUAUGGGAACAGCCACAUACAUUAAGACAAGAUUGUUAUUGCGAUCCUGUAUAUGAAAUACGUAGGACGCCGGCUGAAAUGGGUCGACCACGUGUGAUUGAAUAUAUUGGAGUACCACAUUACAUUCAGGUCACAGAAAAGGGCGUCAUGGGAGAACCAAAAAGGGUUGAUUGUAAGAAACUAGAUGCCGAUUAUCAUAAAUACAGAGCUAAACGUGAACAAGAUUUGAAAAGAAAGAUUAAAAAGAUCGACCCAUUUAGGCCAGCUAUUAGUGAGUUAAUAAUAAAAGGUAGUAGACCUAAAACCCCGCCAGUAAAAAUGCCGCCCGUUCCGGCUGUUUCUGAGACCUUGGCGAGUGGAUCCUCGGAAGAUGUCCUUUCAGGUGUAUAUGCUCUCAGAAUAAAUAACACCGUAAUUUUCAAAUACAUACCUGGCCAAACGGUAUCACACUUGGAGAAAAUACAAAAAUCCAGUUGGCACGAGGAGUGUACGGCUUGGAAUUACUAUUUUAAUACACCUAUGAAGAGACCCGGCAGGUGUAGACUUUUUCUGCAGAAUCUUGGUACUGUUAGUUUAAGAUAUUGUUGGAAGAAGGUAAAAAAACCCAUCCCCUUUAUUCCUGAAGAUAUAUAUGAGCAAGUAUUCUUUUUCAACAAAAAUGAAGAUGUACUGGCUCCUGGACAAAGCAGGGAGAUGUGUUUUACGUUUGUAUCAGACAAGCCAGGUAUUUAUAGUGAAUUUUGGGAGUUAAGCCUCUGCAAUAUUUGUUUUUUUGACACGCUAGCAAGCAAAUUAGUUAUAAAUUUAUUCGCUGACGCUGUUGAAGACUUCGAUACUAUGAAGAGAAAAGUGGAGAUAUUAAAAACCAGGAUAAAUAGAAAAGCGGUUGCUAAUAUAGUCACUAAUUUGCUCAAUGAUUUGGUGACGAAAGCUACUGCUAUAGAACCUCAAAUAUAUCCGUACAAAAAGAAAUUUUUAGAAGCAGACAUAUUCGUUAUGAAGAAUCCCGUCUGCUUUUACCACCAAACAGAGGUAAUGAAAAUGAAGACGAUGUAUACAGAAAUGCAUCCUGGUGAGAUAUGGGACCUGUCAAUAACUAGCUGGAGAGAUAUGAUGAUGGAAAAAGAAUAUGACGAAAGGAUGAAAUAUUACGAAAGUUUACGGAAAUCCCACGCAGAAUUAUUGAAGCCUUGGUAUGAGGGCGAAGACGUAAUGAUGCAGAAAUAUCGUAUGAUGAAGGUAUUAUUCGCGCAAAUGGCUGAUAACUUUGACAAGGAAUACGAACGGCUUCUACUUCUGUUUAGUAUGAGGUCGAUUUCGACUACCCGUGAGUCUAAAAACUCAGCCAAAAUCUGUGUCAAAAUUAUUGUUAAGUUCCGAUAA